AUACGGUGUUGUUUCAUGUUUACACAAUCUGUUAACGAUAUGUGGUCAGUCAAUUAUAAGUUUUCUAACGUGUAAACCUUAAAAGUUAGCAUGAUAGUAAAGUAAGUUCUUUAAUAUAUUACUUCUAAGUCAUUCUUAACUAUGCCUAUUCGUAAUGAUGUUAUUCUUUCUAAACAAUGGACAACUUGCAAUAGCAGAAACAAUAUAUAAUCCGUAUUUUCACUUUCCUGGCGGCUCAGAAGCAUUUAUGGGAAUAAUAGUAACAAUCGCCAUACCAGUGGAUGCCAAUACACCGGGCGAAGUACUUUUAUCUACUAUUCUAGAAGGAAAUUACUUAGUACCCACUAAUGAAACUGAAUUUGAAUAUCCCCCAAACUUUGAAGAAUCUUCGGAAAGAGCGUUUUUCUAUGAGAUAUUAAAGAGGAAAAUUGAAGACUUUGGGUAUUCAGGGAAAAAAUGUCUACUAAGAACAGUUUGCGAGGCAGCUCAAAUGUCUAGUCUAAAUACUGGAGUAUUAGGAGAUAUUGUACACGUCCUUUUAUCACCAUCUUCUUCAAAAAUGGAAAACACAUUGAAGGAAUAUGAGGAUGCUGAGAGCCUAGGGAAGAAUAAUGAGUGCAAAUAUUACGAGAAAUUAUGUCCUUACAGUAUUUUAAACGCAAUUAGUAAAAUUAAAUUAAUGUCUCUUCUUCUCAAUGAUUAAGAAUUUAAAAAAAAAUCAUAAAAAAAUGUAUAUUUUUUCUCUAUGUAAUAAAAUAAAAAUAAUCUUUCAAAAAAUGUAUUUUAUCUUUCAUAGGAUUAUAAAAAAUCAGCUGUAAUAUUUUCCAGAUUUUAAC